UUUGCAGGCUUAUAAUCAUCCUAUGUCAUAGUUAAUGUGUUUUGGGGUGCAAGUGUUGCACUUCAUUUUGCCUUCCAUUUAUCAAUCAUGACUCACCAGCAAAAUAAUAUACCAGACCACGAAAGUUUUAGUGAUCUUUUCAACACGAUGAGCCAAGGAGGUUAUGCUUUGACAGAUGAAAUUAAUUUCAAUGAAAAUCUUGAUACUAUGCUGCCUUCAAAUCGAUUUACAAAUGGUGAUGGUAUGACACAAGGCCGUGUUGUAUGCAUUCAAGAAAAUAAACCAGAAUGUGUUGAAGUUCAUAGGAAUCAAAAUAUAAUAUUUGGCAACUCACAACAGAACCAGUUUUAUCAUCAUCAGGAGCAUCAACAACCAUUUGUGUCCUGUCCUACUAAUCAACUGGGAGGUCAAAAUGUAUUUGUGACUACUACCUAUCGAAACAAUAAUAAUGGAUGCCUCAUGAACACAGUUGCUGGACAGAAUUACGACCAAUAUAACAAUCAUGCAUUAAGUCCAAAUAGUGGUGAUCGAGCCAGCAUUUCAAAUAGCCCAUAUACACCUACUGUGAGACAGGAUUUCCCGAUUACACCACCGGGAAAUAUCAUUCAACAACAACCUCAUAAGUCUGGAUCUAUUCCAUCAUUAUCUGAUUAUCCUGGUGAUAAUGGAUUUGAAAUAUAUUUCGGCAAGAGCACAGAAUCAGCAGUUAAAAAUGCGCAGUUUACCCAUUCGACCCUACUAGAAAAAUUAUUCGUAAAAAUGAACGCUCUCUGUCCGGUUCAAUUCAGAUGUCGCACAAGACCACCUGAAGGCUGUAUUAUAAGGGCUUUACCAGUCUACACGAGACCAGAGCAUGUUACAGAGGUUGUAUCUCGUUGUCCUAAUCAUCAGCUACAAGAUAAUUCGGCUGAUCAUCUUGCUCGACAUUUAAUACGAGCUGAGCAACCAGGUAUCGAUUCAGUUCGUUACGUUCCGACUUCUGAUGGAAGAGAAAGUGUUACAGUAGCAUACUGUAAUCCCGAGGUUGGAACCCAGUAUUCCACAGUGUUUUUCAAGUACAUGUGUUUAUCCUCGUGUGUUGGUGGAAUCAAUCGUCGACCAAUCACAACUGUUUUUACUCUCGAAACACGAGAUGGCGUUGUCAUCGGCCGUCGAUGCAUCGAAGUUCGUAUUUGCUCUUGUCCUGGCCGAGAUCGUAGUCAAGAAGAACGUAGAAAGAGAAAAGCGAACGCUCCACCGGGUUACGUUCUACUUCCGAAGAAAAAGAAAUCUUCGUCGACGCCGUCAACUUCCACUGCGGAACCGACUGGUCAAGCAGAUGAAUUCAUUCUCAGAGUUAGAGGGAAAGAAAAAUAUAAGAUUCUGAAGAAAAUAAAAGAAGCUCUUGAUCUCAAGGAAUUGAUAUCUCCUCAACAAGAAGAGGAAUACAGACAGAAAGAAGCCAGUGAAGAAUCGUUAGCUAUGAGGGAAGUAUUAAAGAAUUAUUUCAAGCAAUCACCUUACGAUAAGAAUGAUGGAGAUGGAAGCAAUCCUUUCCCUACUUGAACUUUGACCUUGGGAAGCAAUCCACUUCCCGAUUGAACUUUGACCCUGGGAAGCAAUCCAUUUUCUUGUUUAAACUUUGGUUUAUUAAAUCACGUUAUUUGACAUGAUAACAAGGUCUAAGAGUGAUUCUAGACAAGACUUUUCCUUUUUUUUCAAACUUAAAUUUCACCAAAAUUGGACGAAUACUCUUUUGACAGGCUGACAAUCUGAAUCAUCAUACCUUAUGGUUUGAAAUAACGGUUAACUUAAUAUAUUUUUACUACAACAUUGUGCUGAUAUUUUUUUUUACUGAUUUAGGGAUUAAGUUGUAAAUGGACCAGAUAUGGAAUUUUAAAUUAUUAAAGUUUGUAUUUUCCUGUAUUUGAAUGUAGUCUCAAAAUUUUAACCUGUCGACAGACACAAUAUUUCACAAAUAUUAUUACUUUGUCUGAAUGGUGCUGAAAAUGUUCUCACUUUAUAGUCAUUUUGCCAAAUAAGAAAGUUUUGUUAAUCGAAAACAAGCCAUUUUUUAUAAUUUUUGCUCAACCGCACAGGAUAUUCGAAUCAGCAUGUCACUAUGGGGUAUGGAUGGGUAGGUGCCCCAAUGAUUGUUUUAAUACAUAAACUUCAUAGAUAGCAUUAAAAUUGGGACAAGAUUUACCCCUCGAUUUUGAACUAAAUCGUCUGCCUUUGAACCCAUAUCUAUCUCAGGUUUAUGUAUGGUUACGUUACAUUUUAUCCCCUGUUAAUAAUUGUCAUUCAUUUUCGAUUUGAUUUGUUCGUUUCGAUUCUACAUAAUGAUAUUAAUCCUCGAUUGAUAAAUUCAUUUCGAUUUUUUAAACAUGAUUACGAUUCAUUGUAGGGAUAAUUUCUCUGUGAAUUUUUUUUGUUACUCGUUCCUUAUUUUUUUAUAUUUUCAUUUUUUGUAAAAUCACUGAGGUGUGUAAACUCGUGGCAUCAGUGACACAAUCAUUUCAUUUUACAAUCGUCAAUAUUUUGAAUAUGCCUAAACUUGGAAAAUUUGGAAACAAUCAUUGCACUAACUCGUUAGCUGUCUUAAACAAUGCGUCAUUUUUUGAACUCCAUAGCUUUGUAGCAUUAUGUCAGAAUUUUGAGGAAUUCCAACGUUAUUUUUUUUGUUUGAUUUUCAUCAUUUCAUGAAUUGCUUUAAUCAGGGAUGGGUAUUUUUGGAUGUGUUACUGAUUUAAAAAUUUUAUCUGAAAAGUUAACAUUCCAUAUAUCAGGGCUUCCCAAACAUUUAAGCUCGUGACCCCUUCCAAAACAUAAAAUAUUUCUGCGACCCCUGUUAAGUCCGCAUUGUUUGCAAGCGCGCAUCUUCUCAAGUCUUGAGAUCAAAGUUGGCUUUUUUAUGCCGGCGCGCUGCUUCUUUGGUCCUAUGCAUUCUUUCAAAAUUGUGAGAUUUAUGUUUUGCACUAGUUUUAAUAAUUGUGUUUCGAAUCAAAAGUCUAAAGAAAUAUAUUGGUGUACUUUUUGCGACCCCUAAAAUUCGAUGCUGGCCCUCUGCGAGGUUGGGACCUUCAGUUUGGGAAGCCCCGCCGUAUGUAAUUUAUGAUUAGUUUAAGACCAGCAGGGCCCGAAUAUCAACUAGUUGAUUGUUUUGUCUAAUUUUAUUUUUGAAUGAUGGAAAAAUGUUUGACUUGACUAUUGAAUAUCGAGUUUGUAGCUCACAAUUUAUAAAUUGAUGAAAAUAUUCUUAAUGUUUACCAAAACCAGGGAUGAUGAUUUCAAUUCAGUUCAACAGAAAAUCUUGCUCUAGUUCUCGAAUUCGAUUUCCCAACACCAAGAAGAUUGUUAUAUUGGUUUUUCCCUUUGAAGUGUUAUCAGAAACUAAAAAUGUUUUUUGUCAGAUUAUCCAGUGUUAUACUUAUAGGACCUAUUUUUAAAAUUAGAAUAUUCUGAAUUAUUCAUAAAAUCUAGGAUUGAAUAUAACUAAUUUAAACUAAAACCCACAAUUUAUCAUAUUGAGAUUUUAAAUAUAUCCAUUGUCGAUCAUAUUCUAUUCGUUUUGUACAUCCCUGACUGAAACCAUGAAUUAAAUCCUUAUUGUGCUGCUUAUUCCUAUCACAACUACUGAUUGGUGCUUUGAUUUCAUGAAAUUCCACAAUUAAAGUAAAAGUUUUUGAGGUUCUUUGGUAAAUCAUGCAGCAUCCCAAUCAUACAAAUUCUUUACCUUCUUGGGAAUGCAAGAUGGAUGCUUUUAAACCAUGUCUGCAGAAUCAUAAAAAAAUGCUGCAUGGGAAGUUGACAGACAUCCAUUGAAGUUCAGUCAUAUUACGAAAGCUUGCACUGUAGAAUAAUCGCUUCUCCAUGAACUAUUUGAUGACUAUAUCAACUUACAAAUAAAUUUCAGAUUGGCUUUAUUAUUUCUGGUUUCAAGCUCUAACAUUUUUUUUGACGUGUGUGUUGUAUCUUUUCACUGAGAUAAUUGUAGAAAUCUCACAUAGAAAAUGACCAAUUUUGUAGGAUAUCAUUUAUUAAUGAUAAGAUUUUUUUCAAAUUGUGUAUAAUUGUGGAGUAUGUUAAAAAACGGCUUUGAGUUGAGAUGCUAAAUUAAUGCUUAAUUGGCAUGAAGCUAUGAAAUUUUUGUGUUUGCAACUUUCUAAACUUUCUGUUGACAUUCAAAUCAUUGGCAAAACUUCCAUCCGUUUCUUAUUAUCAUUAGUGCACGUACUUGGUAAGUUGAUUAACAUGGAUUGAGUUCAACUUGUCAACACUUUAUAAAUAAAUUCAAAUCCUAAUUGGAUUUCUGAGCUUCCACCUUCACUCUAUAUAUUGUGCAUCUGCAUGUACUCCGGUAACUUGAAUAAGCAUAGCAGCAUUUGCUCUUUAUAAUCACUAGUUUAUUUUGUCAACAUCAUUUUACAACAUCUAAACCAGCAUCCUAAUUGGUUUCCAAAACUCCUAAAAAAUUCAUAUACUGAAAUGGUGUUUCAUAUUUGCUUCUGCAUCCUAGUGUUCAUUCGUAGUGUUGAAAUUUGUCUACAAACUUAUGCGAGUUCUGACUGCCACACUAAAUUCUAUUGAUCAUUCCAAUAGUAUCAAUUUUGCUGCUACAAAUCGUUUGUUUGGUAUCUUUUUUUUGUACAUAUUUUUUGUGUGCCAUUUUUCAUUCCCUUUCUUAGAUGUUUUGUGCCUUUUCGUCUGAAUUUUAAAACUUUUUUGUACAUUUUGUAGAAUUUUUUGUUUUAGAGAAUAAAUUGUGCUAAUUGGAAA